AUGUUCGUGCCCGUUUCUAUGAAGAACAAGAAGACAGGCGAAACAUUGACGGAAGAAGAGCUCAAAGAGAAGAUUCGCAGAGACAAGGAGGAAGCAGAGAACCAGCGGUUCGUAGUCAGCGAUCUGGAAAUCAGGGACAAGAAAAGUGGGAGCAGAAGAGACGAUGACAAAAGGAGAAAAGAUGACUACUCAGACGAUGAGGAAAGAAGGCGGCGAAGAAGAGACAGGGAAAGAGAUUACGACCGUCAUGACCACAAAUCCAGAGACUACGAUCGCAAGGAUAAAAGAGAUCGAUCACGCGACCGCGAUAGAAGAAGAAAUCGUUCUCGCGACCAUUACGACAAGAAGACAUCAAGUCGAAGAGAACGUUCUCGGUCUCGUGAUCGGGAGUACGAGAGAAGGGACAGGGGAGACAGAGACUCUGGGAGAAGAGAUCGCUACGAAGACUCUUCAAAGUCUUCGAGUCGGAGGGACAGGGAUUAUCAUCGCUCUUCUCGUCGAUAA